CACGUUUGUCAUGCUUGUCUGGCAUGACUCUUAAAUCUGUCAUGCACGUUACCCAACAGCUCCAUUUUUCUAUGAUGCAGAGACGCAGUUUGUCAUGCAGAAUAGGCAAUACCUAGAAGCUCAGAAACUUGUCAUGCCGAGCCAGCAUUUGUGGCCUCAUCAUGAGACGCCACCCAGCAUCACAAGUUUCCAGACCCAGAGAUUUUUGCAUUUGAUAUGCUGGGAACAACAACAACAAAUCCGGUAGAGCUGCGAAGGCUGCCGGAACGGGCGUUUCCUCGCAGACCGCAGGGCGGAAGCCGAAAGCAGCGACGGCAAGUGGGUCCUCGGUGCCGGUAAGGAAGAGGUGACAACAGUAAGGGGCUACAGGCGUAGUUCCUGUGCUGCCUGUCAAGUCAUGUGCCGAUUUUUUAAGGAACCCGACAUCUUCUAAACCUGUGAUGAUUGAAUGUGUGUAGCGAAAAUGAAACAUCAGCGACUGUUGUGAAGCGAAUAUUAUUGAAGUUGUUGAACUUCUUCCCUGUGAGUUUUUUUUCUGAAAUAGAGCCAAAUGCGGGCGAGUAAUCAGGUUUUUUUAAAGACGAAGCGGAAUAUUGUCUUGAGGCAGGACUCUAAUCUAAUCAUGUGAGGGAAACGAACCGCUUGAAAAUGUUGAUUUUGUUCGCAUUUCUGUACGCAUGUGUUGCAUCAAUUUCAACUCAAAUCCCAGAGCAGAAGGUAAGGAUCCUGCUAUGUUGAAAUCAUAAAAUGCUUUUUGGAAGAUCCGCAGCGUACGAAAUUUUUCCGAAACUUGUAAUGCAUUUUUUGCAACAUCUGCAACCGAAAUCGUGAUCCAGAUCAAAAAUGAAAUCCAGCGAUUUGGAUCUUUUUGCACGAGUUCCCAUAAUAAUCGCGAGAUCUUUAGACGAAAGUAGCAUCUAGGACACAAAAAUACCAGAAGCAGCAAUGUACUGCUCUACUUUUGUUUAUUCUCUGCGAGCUCAAAUAAAUCUCCGAAACCGAAUCAAUCAACGUCAUUUACAUCAAUCUAACAGGGGUGGUACAUGAGUUAUUUGUGGUUGAAUUGAAUAAAGACUCUAGGAUGUUGUUGUGUAUCGGCAUUUAGGAUCGUUUUCUAGUGGUUUCAAAAGUUUUACUUAUUAUUUCUGGAGCACCAGGCACUAAAAUUGCUCUAGUACAACAACUUGCAACAACAUCUAUUACUCGUGGUGCACCCUGAAUUGAAUUUCGAGAAAGAAGUUAAGUUCUUCUUGGCGAGGUAUUUAUAAGAAAAUUUAAGUUGAGGGAAGAAGAUCCAAAUUGUGAACCAGCAUAACAUAUCAAAUGUAAAAAUGUCUGGGUCUGGAAAAAUGCAAGUUUGUCAUGCUUGUCUGGCAUGACUCUUAAAUCUGUCAUGCACAUCACCAAAGAGCCCCACUUUUCUGUCAUGCAGAAACGUAGUUUGUCAUGCAGAAUAGGCAACACCUAGAAGCUCAGAAACUUGUCAUGCUGAGCCAGCAACUGUGGCCUCCUCAUGAUAUGCCACACAGCAUCACAAGUUUCCAGACCCAGACAUUUUUACAUUUGAUAUAACACAAGUACAACAAAUUCCUUAUCGUCAAGAUGGAUUUCCACCAGCAGCAGUGGAUGUUCGCUUUGGCGACCAUCUCGAUCUUCAUUAUCGAGUGCACAUAUGCCUGGGUCUGGAAGGUUGAACCUGUAUUGCAUGUUUUGCAUUACUAAAAAAUCUGUAUUGCAUAAGCAGCAAAUUAUAAAGCGUCACACUUGUUUCGUCAUGCAAAACCGCAGUUUGUAAUGCGUUCUGCGCAUGAGAAAGCGUUUGAAACAUUUGUCAUGCUGCACUGCACUUACAGGCACAGGCCAUCAUGACCAUUCAACAUUACAAGUUUCCAGAC